CAGGCAGUCGAGGGGGGCGUGCUUUGACAAGAUGGAAGAAGGCAAAGAGUCGAGCAUAGCUCACCCAGACUCAGGAGAGUCUGAGCAGCAGCCUGGAACGGCAGGGCCAGUGGAGGCCAAGGUCCGGCCCAUCGACGAAAAGAAGGUCCAGGGCAAGAUGCACCACGUCAUCAAGCUCGUUUCACAAUCGGUCAAACGUGCCAAGACCUUUGAGACGCAGCGCAUUGUCAAGAAGCUCAAGUCUAGCAAAUCCAAGGCCAAGGAAGAGGAGGAGGAAGGCGGACCGGACUUGGAGAAGGAGCUCGAGGUGACAAAGGCAGUCGAAGCACAGGCCGUCGCGCUGCAGGCCCUUUGGACAAAGCUGGGCAAAGCUCGCUUACUUCCUCGUGGUACAGCUUCGGACAGUUUUCCGCUCGCGGAUAUCCUCGGACCCACACAUCUCCUGAUCGAGGAUGCGUCCAGGCGACGAGGAGCCGACGGUAGUGGUCCAAGCACGACCAGCGUCAAUGACCUGGUCCGGUCGAGGCUCGUAUCCAGCAAGAUCGUCUCGGAAGAGGUGUCUAGGGGCGUGAGCGAGAUUGAGAGGCUUUUGGGGCUGGGUUUGCAGAAAAGGGUAACCGAAAAGGCCAAGGACCGGACCUCUACUGCUCCCACUCCGCGAGAGGUUGGUCAAACGCGAGCAUCCAAGAAGAUCCCGGUCGAAGCGAAAAUCGACGAAGAUGGGAAAAGCUCGGUUUCUGCAGGCGUGAAGAAAGAGGCUCAGAAGGAAGAGACAGGGGAAAGGAAGCGCAAGAGACUGCCCUCGCCGACACCUUCCAGGGACUCGUCGGAGGACUCGCAACUAUCCGGGCAAGAUAAAGACCUAGAAGGCGAGGAAGGCUCAGACCCGAUCUCAGGUUCGGAAGACGACGACGACGACGAGGGCACGACGUUCCUCCCGUCGCUCGCAACGGGCUUCGUCGGCGGUCGCGGCCUGAACUUAGGACGCGGAAGCGACGACGAGUGGAGCGACGGCGAUGCCGAGCUCGAAAGUAUCGACUCGGACGCUGAGGACCGAGGAUUGGAUGGCAAAGUCCGCGCCGGUGCAAGAAAGAACCGAAUGGGCCAAAGAGCUCGCAAGGCCUUGUGGGAGAAGAAAUACGGGCGCAACGCAAACCAUCUCAAGCUUCGGGAGCGAGAACCACGAGAACCACGAAUGGCAGGCGCCGCGAUGGGGGGACGUGGAGCCGCAAGAAUGCAUCCAGACCGGCUACGUAGAAAUAUUGCAGGCACGGCACCUACAUUCGACAGGGCAGGAGGGCGGCCUCCUCCAGAAAGACGAGCAGAAAGAGAAGAGAAAAGGGCAAAGACGCAAGAGAUGCACCCAAGCUGGGUCGCAAAGCAGAAGCAAAAGGAGAUGGUCGAGGCUGCCACAAGGGCAGCAGUUGGAGGUCCAACAUCGAAGAAGAUCGUGUUCGAUUGAGGAAGAAGAGAAAGAGAGCAGACAUGCACGUGUAUUCUAGCAAAAGCCCAUAGGGCAAGCAUCUAUGAUCGAGCCU